AUGCCAGUGGCCAUCGAAGGUAAAGUGUAUGCAGUAGGGGGCCAUGAUGGUAGUGAACACCUGGGCAACAUGGAGAUGUUUGAUCAUCUCACCAACAAGUGGAUGAUGAAAGCUUCCAUGAACACUAAAAGGAGAGGCAUAGAUCUGGCAGCUCUAGGAGGUCCUAUCUAUGCCAUCGGUGGUCUAGAUGACAACUCCUGUUUCAACGAUGUAGAGAGAUACGACAUCGAGAGCGACCACUGGAGUGCUGUGGCACCCAUGAACACACCCAGAGGUGGAGUGGGCUCUGUGGCCUUAGGGAGUCACGUGUAUGCUGUGGGGGUUAACGAUGGUGUGGCCUCUCUAUCUAGUGUGGAGAGGUUUGACCCAUAUCUCAACAAGUGGACGGAGGUCAGGGAGAUGGGCCAGAGACGGGCAGGGAACGGAGUCGGCGAGCUCAACGGGUGCCUCUAUGUAGUGGGUGGUUUUGAUGACAACUCCCCACUGAGUUCUGUGGAGCGUUUUGACCCCCGUCUGAGUUGCUGGGACUACGUCUCUGAGCUGACCACGCCCCGGGGCGGAGUGGGUGUGGCCACGGUUAUGGGCUGCGUGUUUGCGGUCGGAGGUCACAACGGGAACAUCUACCUCAACACAGUGGAAGCCUUUGAACCCCGCAUGAACAGAUGGGAGCUGGUGGGGUCGGUGUCUCACUGCCGGGCUGGCGCAGGAGUGGCUGUCUGCUCCUCUCACAUCAGCCAGAUCAGGGACGUGGGCCAGGGCUCCAGCAACGUGGUGGACUGCAUGUGACCUGUCUUCCCUGAGCUGACUGCACGAGCAGCCCAACCCAAGCACUCAACCACACUGUCACUGAACAGGAGCACUAGUGGUUGUUCCUUUAAGCACUGACUGGAGGGUUCUCCCCAAAGAAUGUAACAGGAGCGCUGCACCACCUUGUGAACUAGCUGCGCCACUUUGAGAAAUAAAAUACUUAAUUGUUAUCAUAUAAGGCAACUGUUUUGCUCUAGAUUGCAGGAAAUGGCACUUACAGGUGUUCAAAAACCUUUAUCAAGAGAAAAUGGCAGAUAGUUGAGCUUUAGACAUCAUAUUUAACAGGCCUUGAAUAUCAACUUGUAUUUUAAGAGCAACAAGUUAGUACUUACAGUGAAUUCGAAAAGUAUUCAGACCCCUUGACUCUUUCCACAUUUUGUUACAUUACAGCCUUAUUCUAAAAUGGAUUAAAUAGUUUUUCCCCCUCAUCAAGCUACACAACAUACCCCAUAAUGACAAAGCAAACCAUUUUUGAAAAUGUAUUAAAAAUAAAACACAGAAAUAUCACGUUUACAUAAGUAUUCAGACGCUUUGCCCAGUACUUUAUUGAAGCAU